AUGAUGCCGUAUGGCGGUGGCGAGUACGACGAUCACAUGCCACAGGCCCCGCACUCGGUCAUCCCGCUCGACAUCUCCGUCCGCAAAGCAGAAGUCAAUGCCAAGCUCGAUCCCGUCCCCAUCCGCACCAUCCGCGUCUACAAGGCCGAGCCAGACGAGGACGACAUCUCACUGACAGAGCGGACCUUUGUCUCGCCCGUCCUCGGCGGCGACUGGAAGCGGGUCUCCAUUCGCUACCCGCUCGCGCUGCGUGACAUCGUCCGCUUCCGCGUCAACGGCAUGGCCGGCAACGACGAGGUGACUGCCGCUGCUGCUGCGCCGCGCCCGGCAGAUCCCCGCGACGGCCACUAUCCGCUCAAAGGCGCCCGCCGCCUUGUUCAUCGGCCCACCAUUCCGCGUUGGGCUCGUCGUGGCGGCCUCCAGCGUUCUGCCGCCACCGCCAUGGACGUCCUCGUCUCUGGCCUCCCCAACGACACCGCCGAGGCUGCCAUCGGCCAGAACAUGGCCCGUGCCGGCGACAUUGUUCGCGUCAACAUGAUCCCCUACCUCGCUGACCCAACAACGUUCUCCGGUGUUGCCGUCGUCACCUACGCCGACCAUUCUGGCGCCAACGCCGCCGUCCGCAUGUUCCGCCACACCCCGCUCCUUCACUCUCCGGACGUCUCGGUCGUCCUCGACCCGACCGGCACCUUUACCACCCGCGUUGUCAACGCUGCCAAUGACGCCCAUGCCCCGGUUCGGGGCCUCGACCACUCGCUCGUCGCCGGUCCCGACUCGCACUUUUCUACCGUCGCUAGCACCGCCUCGCGCCCGCCUCUCCCGCCAGGCCAAGCCCCGCUCCCUUCUAGCGGCAUCCAGGACCGUAUUGCCGCCAUUCUCGGCGCCGCGCCGCCGCUCCCGCCCGGCCCAGCCCCGCCGCUCCCGCCCGACUCGGCGCCGCUGCCAGAGACCCCCGCUCCGCCGCUCCCGCCCGGCCCAGCACCGCCACCUCAUCCACCGCCACUCGCCGAUAACGAGCUCGGGGGCGACGAAGACGGGGAGGUCUCAGACUCAGGCUCGUCGUCGCUUUCACUCUCGGAUCUCCGCGCCUCUCCGCAACACGUUGCGACCAUGCCGUCCGACGACGAUGACACCGCAAUGGACGAGUCGUCCGACGCGGAAGUGGCUCCACUCCCUUCAGCCACGGCGUCGGCGCCGCCAGCUCGCGCUCUGCUCCCGCCGCGCAUGCUCUUUCUCCGCGCACUGUCAUGGAGCCAGUCCACACCGCUUCUGCACAUGGUCGAGACGCUCGAUAAGAGCUCUUCGGGUGCCCGGCUCUUCUUCACCGCAGCCGGUGACGUCGUUGUCGGUCUCGCCCGUCGCGAGGACUCAAUGGCGCUCAUUUCCGCCAACAACACUUCCGACCACACCAUGUUUGUGCCUUACAUGAAGUCGCCCGACGCUCAGCUCGGCGAGCUCGACCUUGCUCCGGUCCGCCGCCGCCCGCCGCUCCCGCACGCCCCAGACCUCCUGGCUGCGCUCAAGACCAAGCUCCACACCUCGGUCAUGUCGGCUGUUAUGCGCCAGACCGUUGAGAAGCCGGUCAUUGCCCACCAAAAGUCCGAGACCAAGGCCCGCGCGCCAGCUGCGCCAGCGCUCUCGGCCAUGCCCGCGCCAGCUCUCGACGGAUCAGAUGCCCGCGACGUCCUGCCUAUUGCCUCACUUGCCUCCAUCCAGGUCCAGCUCACUGACGAGCAGCGAAAGGAGGUCGACGCCCGCGCCGCCGCCGUCAAGCGCCGCCGCGCUCGCAUCCUCCGCGAGCGCGCCGCUGCCGCCGAGCGCACCCGCAAGCUCACCCGCCGCAACGAUGAGGACGAUGACGACCUCGAGGGCUUCCUCGAUGACGGCCCGCUCUCCGACUCGGAGGGCGACGCCUCGUUUGCUUCCUACUCGGAUGCCGACGACGACGACGAGUCGGGCUCCUACUCGGACGAUGGCACCUCGCGCUGGCGCAAGGCCACCGCUGGCGAUGCGCUCGAAAUCGGCGACCACACCAGCACCGUCGCCCCGCGCAAGAAGCGCCGCCGCGUCCUCCGGUCAGAGUCCGACUCGGGCGACGCCGAGGCCGACCUCAAGCAGCUGGCUCGCUCGCUCGCUCGCUCUUCGGCCUCGCGCCGCCACCGCCGCCGCGAUGACACCGUCGGUGGCUUUAUCGUCAACGACGACUUUGUCGAGAUGUACUCAUACUCGGGCUACGAGACAGAUGAGGAGCAGCCGGCCGUCAAGCCCGAGCGACGCCGCGCCAACUGCGCCUGCCAACCCCCGCGCAAGCGCAAGCGCAAGCGCAAGCGCGUCCACGGCGUCGAACGCAUGUCUCCUGUCCCUGUCGACGGCCCCGACGCUGGCGCAGUCGCCGCUGGCUCUGCCGUCCGUGCCCGCUUGCCCGUCUUUGGCGCCCUCGACGCCGAGGACACUCGCUACCUCGCCGCGUACAUGGCGAGUUGUGGGCCCGAGCUUGCGGCCGUGUUCGACGUCGACUCGGUGCUCAAUGCCGCGGCGACAGACCGGGUUUCCCAGCCCGAGAUCGUCGACCUGCCGCCACCACCCGGCGGCUGUGCCCGCUCGGCAGGCUACGUCAAGUCGGAAGGUCCCAAAGACAAGAGCGCCAUCUACAUGCCUCGGUCGGCGGCCGCGUCCGGACAGGGCGAUGCCGCCGGUCCCAAGCGCCUGGAGGCUGCCGCCGCUGCCGGGGCGGCAGAAGCCGCGGCUGCCGGCGUGAAGGGCGGCAACACAACCCGGUCGAACCGGUCCAAGGCCCGCCACAUGGUCCACGCGCUCGAGUCGACCCUUGGCGUCCGCCCGUCUGACUUUGGUCUCGGCGUCGACACUCUCACUACUCGCAAACGGCGACUUCGCUUCGACCGCUCCUUCAUCCACUCGUACGGUCUCUUCUCGGAGGAGGACAUCGAGGAGGGCGGGUUUAUUAUCGAGUACGUCGGCGAAGUCAUUCCGGCCCUUGUCGCCGAAGUCCGCGAGGCCGACUACGAGAAGCGCGGCAUCGGCUCGUCCUAUCUCUUCCGCAUCAACAAGGACCACGUCAUUGACGCCACCUUCAAGGGCUCGGUUGCCCGCUUCAUCAACCACUCAUGCGACCCGUCGGCCGUCGCCAAGAUCGUCACGCUCGACGGCCAGCCGCGCAUCGUCAUCUACGCCCGCCGCAAGAUCUUUGCCGGCGAGGAAGUCACCUUUGACUACAAGUUCCCCCGUGAGGACGACAAGAUCCCCUGCCUUUGCGGCGCUGCCACCUGCCGCGGCAGCCUCAACUAAAUCCUGCCCAACUGUUA